AUGAAUGAUCAGAACCCUGCUACUCCUCAAGUAGACAUUCAGCAACCACACCAAAUCAGCACUGAUCCUACCCUUUCUCGUACAAGCACUACUUCGUCCAAUUCUUCUUCCAGCCUUCAAGCUCUAGAAAGGCCCACUUCCUCAACUCAAUCCCUUCAAACAAAACCCAAUCGACUCUCCCUGACAGCAGGAAGACUCUUGCCCUCCCGCGCCCGCUCUAGGUCUAAGUCGCCGGCUCCUAUCGACACCCUAAGCGCGAUUCGCUCCCGUCGUUCUGACUCGGAGAGCACCUACAUCCUCAAACGCGACAAAAUGUCUCACAUCAACAUCCCCCGUCGUUCUGCUAGCCCUACCGAAAUGUCUCCCACUUCCGCUACCUCUGACAAAGAGGCCCAUGCCACCAAGCGGCGAUCGGACUCCUACCACUCCCGCAGAUCUAGCGAUGACUACCGUCGCUUAAACGGGACUGUCAACCACAAAGGUCGCCACGCAAAUGAUUGGUUGUUCGGAGGAUUCAGCCUCCGCGACACUGUUCGCGGUGGUGUCUAUCGCUUGCGCCAGCGUGAUGAUAAGCGCUGA